UCCGAGGGGGGGCGCAUGCGCACCGGAAGGAGCCUGGCGGUUGCCAUGGAGACGGCGUCGCCCCGGGGAAGGAGCGCGGCCGCCGCCAUGAGCUCGGAGCGGGGCCCGGCGCUGCCCUUCCUGCCGGGCUGCGUCUUCAGGGACCCCACGAAAACAUCCUUUCAUCGCUCUCAGACGCUGGGUUACAAAAAUGGCUUUGCCUUUUCUCGGCUGCCAACCGUGGGGAUCGGCGGGGAGCGGCUGUACGUGAAUCAGCUUUCUCAAGCUGAAUUAGAUGAAUUAUCCAACACGAGACCCACGCUGACCUACGGGCAAGCCAGGCAGGCUCCUCCUUCGGGCUUCAUUCCAGCACACGUGGCUUUUGACAAAAAGAUUUUGAAGUUUGAUGCCUAUUUCCAGGAAGAUGUUCCUCUCUCUACAGAAGAGCAUUACCGUAUUCGCCAAGUGGGGAUCUAUUACUACUUGGAAGACGACAGCAUAUGUGUCAUAGAGCCUGUUGUGAAGAACUCUGGUCUCCCUCAAGGCAAACUUAUCAGACGCCAUCGCGUGCCCAAGAAUGACCGUGGGGAGCAUUACCACUGGAAGGACCUGAAUCGGGGCAUGGACAUCACCAUGUACGGCAGGACGUACCAUAUAGCCGACUGUGACCCGUUCACCCAGGUGUUCCUGGAAAGCCAAGGAAUCGAACUGAACCCUCCAGAGAAAAUGGUUUUUGAUCCUUACACAGAAAUGCGUCGGAUGCCCUUGCGCAUGUACAUCACACCAUCAGAUUUUGACCAGCUGAAGCAGUUUCUGACUUACGACAAGCAGGUCCUUCGCUUCUAUGCCACGUGGGAUGAUACCAACAGCAUGUUUGGUGAGAAUCGGCCUUACAUCAUACAUUACUACUUGGCAGAUGACACGGUGGAGGUUCGGGAGGUCCACAAGCACAACGAUGGCAGAGACCCAUUCCCAGUACUGAUAAAACGCCAACGCUUGCCCAAAACCUUUGUGGAGAAGAAAAAGACCUUCCCAAGCUGUGUGCUGGAAAUCUCUGAUCAGGAGGUACUUGAGUGGUACACAGCUAAAGAUUUUGCUGUUGGCAAAUCCACCACCCUCCUUGGACGCACUUUCUUCAUCUACGAUUGUGACGAGUUCACACGAAACUUCUAUCGUGACAAAUUUGGCAUCACAGACUUCCAGCCAGUGGAGAUGAAGGAGAAACCACCUGAGGAAGUGCCCCAGGUAAUUCCUCCCUAUAAUGGUUACGGCUUCGUUGAAGACUCCCUUCAGAACUGCUUUUCUCUGUUUCCAAAGCCUCCCCGGAAAGAUAUAAUUAAGAUGCUAGAGAACGACCACAAAGUGCUGCGAUACCAGGUGGCCCUGGAGUCACCAAACCCUGAGGACCGAAAGCGUCGUUUCAUCCUCUCUUAUUUCCUCUCCAAUGACAUGAUCAGCAUCUACGAACCCCCAGUCCGUAACUCCGGCAUCAUUGGGGGCAAGUACUUAGGAAAGACCAAGGUCGCCAAACCAGGCUCUACUACAGACAAUGCCACGUACUACGGGCCCUCCGACUUCAUCAUAGGUUCUACGAUUGAAGUGUUUGGCCACAGGUUUGUUAUCACUGAUGCUGAUGAAUACGUGCUUAAUUACAUGGAGAGCAAUGCAGAGAGCUUCCCUGCAGCAACACUGCAGUCCCUGAGGGAUCAUUUUCGCCCACGGCAGGUGGUGGAGGAGACUGCCAAAAGUGAUGUCCCUGCACUAGGGACCAGCCAGCAGGAACUGGAUGAAUUAAUCGUGCGGGUUCAGGAAGAGCUGAAGCUCCAUAAUUACUUGAACAACAGCAGCAUUCGGGAGGCGUUUCUUCGGUGUGACAAGGAUGACUCUGGUGUCCUCGACAAAGCAAAAUUUUUAUCUCUUUGCGACAGCCUAAGCGUGCCGACCAAUGCUGUUCUGGUUAACAAGCUGAUUGACCUAUGUUCUUGUGGAGAAGACAAGAUAAACUACCAUGACUUCCUCAGAGCCUUCCCCUUGUGAAGCUGAAGCACAAGACCAGCAGUACUAUCCUUAGCUGAGUUGACUGGAAGACAUCGUAUUUCAAAAAGGAUGCUCUAGUUUUCACCUUUGCUUCACUCACUCUUCCCCUUCCCUCCUUACUAAUUUCACCCUGGCUUGGUUAACUUUGUUCUUUCCCAACCUCUCCCUGCCCUUUUUGCUACCACCAAACUCAACCUCAAAACUGCUGGAUAUUGAAACGAAACUCACAUGAAAAAAUGUUUUGGAGAACCAAAAGCCAGGUUCUUCUGUUGGCCUCACAACUUUUAAAUGCUUGUACUAGCAAGCAAGGCUUGCUAGAGCAAAAGAUCUCUAAAACCUGGAGUGAUGAGCACUCUGGAUUUCUCUUAGAGUUGAAAGGCGCCUUCAAGCAGUGACGACUGCCAGUUUAAAUUUUUAUUUGCAUUGCAAGAAGACCUAAGAGCCCUGCCACAGACCACAAUAAACUCAUGCUUGCUAGUCUGAAUGUAAGCAAGUCAUGUACGGCUGCUAUAGUGUUAACAAGUCCCCUUAAAAUAAAUGUACCUCAGUGCCUGGAGUAGCUAAGGAUUAAAAUGAGAAAAAAAAAAAUACCACCACAAAAACAAUUCUGAUUCUGGAUUUACUUGAAAUGGAGUAGUGGUUUAGCUCUCACAUAUCUCAUGGAAAUUGCAGGGUUUGUACACAGAUCUGCUGACAGCAGCUUUGCAUUUCUUAACAAAGGUUGGGAGAAUGGCUUUAGAACCGAGAUGCUGUCUAAACCCAUCUCAGGCAAUCUGUCAUCUUUCAGGAUAGGUCCAAUGAAAAGGGAAAGCUAACAGUUGGCAUAGCAAUAGAGCUCUGACACUUUCGCUCAGAUUGCUCAUCUCUUCGUGAAAGUAAAUGGGGCAGGAGCCUUCUCAGCCCAGAUGACACCUGCCAGGUAUUGCCAAUGAGCAAAAAGGAAGGGCAGCUAUCACGCACACAGCAGAGAACAAAGCUGUUUGGAAUGAAAUGCUUAUUUAAAUCAGCUUUUGUGCUGAUUCCCACUUCCCCUCAGCCAGCCGAGUCUCCACACGACAGCUCCCUCCUGCCUCCCCUUGUUCAAAAAGGUCACCGCUCUUCCCUUCUGGGCCCGUUUUGUGCUGCUCUUCGCUCCGACCGAGAGUCGCUCGAGCUAUCUCGGGUCCACCUCUGAUUUCAAAGCAUGGCUUGGCGUUGCAUGAGGUGCCUUCCAAGCAGCUGCUGACAAAGGCUAACUUCUAAAGGGCACCCUAAUCAGCUUUCCCAGAGGCCAAAAACUUACAGAUGAAAUUACUGGAGCUGUGGGCUGUAGAAAAAGAAAGCCGGAAUUUGUUUUUUGCACAUGCUAUGAAAUGGUAACCUAAUACCCAACCAAGUCAUGUAGCGUGCCCAGGGCCAGCUGCGGAAAGUACACAAUUCAGCUCACCAGAAAGCAUGCACCAAAGCCACAUCAAAUAAAUCAUAUCCUCCAAAUGCCCUUAUCCUCCACUCCCAGCGAGCGAGGCAGCCACAGAUAACUAACUCAGAAGCAGCUGCCUGUGACAUGGAAAAUUCAGGAAUAGGAACCAUUGCUGUGGGGAAUAUGAGGACAAUAGAUGCCACAGCAAAGGGAAUAGACUCAUCUAGCAUGGCAGGAGGAGGAGAAGUACGACCCACCCCAGCCUGCUCUGGAAACUCAGCACCAUGAUAAAGCACCGGUGAACAGCAGCAGUGGAGGAAUCUAUGCCUUUUAUUUGUUUAUUUCAGAAAAUACUUUUGUUGAGUUUAUCACAAAAGUCAUUUAACAACAAACGUCAACAAACAAACAAACAAACAAAAAGUACAAAACAAAUUGAAGUGACAGGAAGGAUGAAACAAAUGAGAUAAAAUAUCGGAGGCUGUUACUUCCCCCCCACCCCCUCCAAAAUCAGGAACUUUGCACUAAAUAUGGAAGAACAGAAUUUUUCCUUGGGUUCCUUUGCCGAAGUUUGGUCCAUGGAGCCCAACGUAUCCGAGGAAAAGCUUUGUGCCUCCGCCUGGCUUUUACAACAACCGUUCUUCCCCACUGCCAGCAACCACCCCCCCAGCCCCGAGGCUAAGUAACAUACUUCACAGUUUGAGUGGAAAGCCUGCCAAACUGUCUACUACACGCUCCUAAAGCUUACGGGAAGGCUGUAAAUCAGACCCCGCAAUCUCCACCUACUGCUGAUGCACGUCGGGGUCCGUCUACCAAGAGUUCAUCCGAGGCAAGAGGCAGGUGCUGCUGUAAAUCCCCGCGCACUGCAACAGAGCCGGGGUAUCUACAGGCUUCUGAGUAACUUGGGGUCAGGGGGAGGCAUCCUAGAGCAGUCCUUCUCCCCUCCAGCAGGGAAGCCUACCAAAAAUACAUCUUAAAACAGUGAGUUAAGGGUAAAGGGACCUACGGGGAAACUGGAACUUGUCUUCUUUACCACUAACCCCAAAAUGAGUAAGAAGAAAGAAUCCUAAACAAACAAACAAACAACCAUAACCGUAAUGCCCCAUAAUGUAAGAGUCACUCAAACAUCGUAAGUGAAAUGCUACAUCUGUUCUUCCUCAACCCCCUUCUCUUCCCAAGCCCAUUCCCCAGCUAUCUAAGACAAAAAGAGAGAACUACCGUCGGUUUUUCAAAGCUUUCCGAGGCUAGGCCAGGAAAUCACUAUGCGUCACACCAAAAAUCACGGACUACUCAGUCCCCGACCUCAGGUCUGCAACAGACACAGACUACAAAAGCAGUCUCACGCCCGCAGGAAGGGUGCAGAGCAAGCAAAAGUGUUACACCAGAAGUAGGAACUUGCAGUUUUGCUUAGUCUCUACCAGUUUCUGCACUGUGGCAGGCAAGAGCUCCUGUUUGGAGUUGGGUUUGUUGGUUUUUUUUUUCAGAAGACGCGGGGCUGGACUGGAUGGGGCGCAAGAAGAGCAUCCACUCAGUGAAAGGGGGCUCUCAGCAUCUUGGUACGCAAAGCAGUCAAGGACUGCUAAGGGCUUGAAAUGGAAAUUCUCCCUCUGGGGGAGGAAAUAGUUCUUUGGGCUGAGGAGAAGGCUUGGUCUGCUGAGAAAUGCCGUGGACGCAGAGGAGUUACUGCAGGCUCGCAGCCCGGGGAUGGUGUUUGCACUACAAGACGGAGACAGAAGCAGACAGACUGGAAACCUCUGGGACGAGGGUGAGUGUUGCCUUACAGCAAAGGCUCAGCACAGAAAAACAACAGGGUCAUGCCACGCUCAGGCACAACAAGAGGAGAUUUCAGAAGACUAAAGACAAGAGGGCAAAACAAAACAAAACAAAACAACAGCAAACAUCAGCUAUAGGUUUAUAAAAACAAACCAAACCCCCAAAAAAACAACAUGGAAAUGUUUCCAAACCAAACCGUCCCUUUUACUGGUAGCUCUAU